GGCAGAUUCUGACUCAGCUGUCUCCAUCUCUCGAGGUGUGUAGGAACAUCUCAGUAGUAGGCUGAGUUACAAAAUUACAGUAACGCAGACACAAAAGAACUGAGUGGCUGUUUGGGUCAUUGCGAAGGGUCACAGGUGGGCUAGACCAGAUGGUUAGAAGGGAGGGAAGCGUGGAUGGCAAGCUGAAGCCGAACGCCCUGCCGAGGUCUGGGUGAGUCGCUCGAUUCGCUUCCGAAGGUGGAGGGAAGAAAUGUCAAGUUCUGGCUGCGGCAAGCGAUUUCGACUGUCGGCGGGGGACGCAAACGGAAGGCCUGGGAGAGCGCUCUGGUGAGCUGAAGUCGCGGGCAUGGAGAAGCGGUGGAAGUGCGGAGACUGCGGGAAGGGCUUCGACUACCCUUCCCACCUGGAAACCCACCGCCGCAGCCACACCGGCGAGAGGCCGUUCAUCUGCUCCGAGUGCGGCAAGGGCUUCGCCCAGUCGCAGCACCUGCUCUCGCACCAGCGCGCCCAUUCCAGCCGCAGGCCGCUCAAGUGCUUCGAGUGCGAGAAGAGCUUCAAGCGCAGGAACCACCUGAUGCAGCACCAGCAGACCCACACCGGGGAGAGGCCCUACACCUGCCCCGAGUGCGGCAAGGGCUUCACCCAGUCCUCCACCCUGAUGCGGCACCGGCAGACCCACACGGGCCGGCGGCCGUUCACCUGCUCGGUGUGCGGCAAGGGGUUCAUCCAGUCGUCCACGCUGCUGCGCCACCAGCGGGUGCACACCGGGGAGAGGCCGUUCACCUGCCCCGUGUGCGGGAAGGGACUGACCCGGCUGAGCACCCUCACUUCCCACCAACGGGCCCACGCCAACAAAUAGCGCCUUUCGAACGUCGCCGGAGGGCGGUGUGCACUUUAGAAACACGAGCGCCAAGCCUGGGGCCACUCACCGUCUGUGUCCAUGCAAAGGACACAGGUGCCAGUGGGUACAGAUGCAACAUUGAUAGUCCCAUGCUGACCCCUUGGACCAGAAUGGAGUUUAAUAUUCACGGUUAGCUAUCAAAUAAAUCAGCUUUUGUGGAAA